GACAUGCUCGCGUUUUCUCGUGGAAGCUCUCAGCACAAAAAAUAUACAGCAAAAAAGAGGCGGAAAGUGUGCUUUUUUCCAUCUUCCUCUGUCUUUUUCAUGCAAACACCGAUCCUUUUCCGGUCUUUUUGAUCCUUCACAUCUUAUUUCGUUGCCGUCGAAACCAUUUCAGCCCUUUCGUCUCGUUUCAUCCCGUAAAACCAUAAAAAAAAAUAUCAGCUUUUUCUUCUUCUUCUUCUCUGCUGUUCUGCAGUUGUCUCUCUCGGAUCAGAUGUGUGGCCUUGUCUUCUUGCCCAAUCAUUCGUGUUUCUUUAGCACCUCCUGUUCUUGGCACCAGAGAAGACGCCUCUUUACAGCUAAUCCUCAUCUGGUCACGGAUCGAUCAGCUGUUCCGGGGACGUGAUGUUGAUGAUUGUGAUGAAUAACGCGAAUCCCGAUCUGCGUUCUUGUCUCCUGGGCGAGAGAUUAAUAAUAAAAAAGGCGUCUUUUUACGGUUCUCGGGAUUCUCCCUUCUUGGACCUUUGUUUCUGAACCCUGUUGGAUGUUUGCUUCCUCUUGUUGUCUUUGUUGCGGCAAUGGAGUUGUUUGAGAAGCGGUGUACGAUUCGUUCCCCUUCCCAGUUCUCGAAUUUGCAGUUUCAUCCUCUCUCAUUUCUUGGUUUUGGGAGCAAUCCUCACUCCUCUGGUUCCUAGAAGGAGAUUUUUUGUGGCAAAACCAACGUUUCCCGAGGGAAAAGCCUGCAGUUUUGUGAUCCUCUUUCAGUAUGGGAUCUGUAGCAUCGGCAAUUUCCAUUGUGUUUGAUUCGAAGUAGGGAUACUCUAUCUUUCUUGGACUGAUUUCGAGACAUUAGCAUGGGAUUCUUAAGCGUUAUCGGCAAUUCCUUUGGGUGUUCGACUUCCGGAGAGCGGCUGCUAUCGGCGGCAAGAGAAGGAGAUCUUGAGGAGGCCAAGGCUCUCGUAGAAUACAACCCUCGCCUUGCUAGGUAUUCGACAUUUGGUGUGAAGAAUUCCCCUCUCCAUUUCUCUGCGUCACAUGGCCACCACGAGAUCGUCUCUGUUCUUGUCGAAACUGGUGCUAAUAUCAACCUCCGGAAUUAUAGUGGGCAGACACCUUUGAUGCUUGCUUGUCUACAUGGGCACUGGGAAGUUGUACAGAUUCUAAUUCUUUUCAAAGCCAAUAUACACAAAAAGGAUUUUCUAAGUGGUGGAACAGCUCUCCACUUUGCCGCUCUUAAUGGUCACAAUCGCUGCAUUCGCCUUCUUCUUGCUGAUUGUGUUCCCAGCUCACCACAGUUUUGGAAUACUAUGAGGGGAAGAUUGGCCUCGGAAGAUUCUCUUGUGGACUUUGAUGAGGUUGAUUUAUGUAAAAUAGUUAAUAGGAGGGCAGAUGGAGGCAUCACUGCGCUUCAUUUGGCAGCACUAAAUGGGCAUGCAGAGAGUGUGCAGUUACUCCUGGACUUGGGUGCUUGUGUUUCGGAGGUCACGGUCAACGAUGGAGCUACAAUUGAUCUAAUAGGAGCUGGUAGCACACCCCUUCAUUAUGCUGCCUGUGGUGGAAAUGCAGUAUGUUGUCAGGUACUUAUUGCAAGAGGAGCUAGCUUGACUGCUGAAAAUGCAAAUGGUUGGACCCCGUUGAUGGUGGCUCGUUCAUGGCAUAAAAACUGGCUCGAGGGUAUCCUACGGAAGGAACCAGAAGGUCAGAUUGCUGUUCUUCCUUCAAAGUACCUCGCUUUGCCAUUAAUGAGCAUUGUUAAAAUUGCUCGGGAAUGUGGCUGGAGAAAGACAAAACAUGAACCCACUUGUGUUGAUCCGUGUGCUAUUUGUUUGGAAUCAAAAUGCACUGUAGCUGCACAAGGUUGUCACCAUGAAUUCUGCACCACCUGUGCGUUGUAUCUUUGCUCAACGAAUAACACAUCCGCUACGGUGCAUGGUCCUCCUGGAUCAGUAGCAUGUCCUCUCUGCCGACGUGCUAUAGUUUCAUUCAUCAAGCUACCGGGCACCACUAACAUGACGAAGGACCUGGUGAGAGCAAAUCUAUCUAGAUCUCUGUCCGUGACACACUCCACGACCAGGUCGAAUCCUGCCACCUCAAAGGCUAAGCAGAUAACCAAGCCUGAUUUCCAGUACAAGCAAAUCAAGCAACGCUCCUCUUCAUUUCGAUCACUUGGUUUUCAGCAAUUCCUGUAAUCUGAUGCUGUUGGGAUUCAGGCAUUUCACAGCCAAGCUCUUUGCUUCCAACCAACAUUGUAGAUAUCUGUUAGAGCAUUUGAAGAGCUCUCUUUUUUCGAUUGAGCUGGACUUUUUGUUUUGUUCUUUAUCUCUGUAUCAGCUUGUGGCAUGUGAUUUCUUCUUGCUGGUUAGUGAUGUAGAUAGAGAAUAACAUGAUUGCUAUCUGAAAUGUGUCUGUUGCACAUUGUGUUUAUAUUUUGCUAGGAGGAGGUGGGUGAAGAUUUGUUGUCAAUGUGGAGUCAUGAA